GCCAGGCAGGGAGGCGGCGAGCCCGAGCGCGGACACUCUCCUAUCCCGGGCGUCGUCCAGAGGGAGCCCGGCAGCUUCCAGCCCUUGCAGUGCGGAGAGCGAGACGCCCACUGCGCCCGGCGAGCAAAGAGCCGGGCGGGCUCUGAGCCGCUGCCCUCAGCAGGCGGAGGGGCUGGAAACCCGUUGCCGUCAGCACACAGCAAGGGCGGGGAGCGGGGAGCCCACGGCCAUCGGUGUGCGCCGGCGAGCAAGUUGGGGUGCAGAGGAGGAGGGGCGUCCUGCCCUCUCCAGGGAAGAGUCCGGCAUGCAGAAGGUGCCGCGCAUGGCAGCGAAGAAGAGGCGCUUUUGUGGUCCCGGCUGCUUGGUGUUUCCCUGGCGCUCUUGCUUCCCCUCUUGGAUUUGCUGCUGGGCUCUAAUCUGCUGUCAGGCGGCGCGGACUGGGGAUGCUGUUGAGACUUCCUCCAGCGUGCAGCUGCCUCAGUGUCAGGAGACAGAUUACCACUAUGAAUACACAGAAUGCGAUAGCAGUGGAUCCAGGUGGAGGGUGGCUGUCCCAAAUCCGUCGGCGGAGUGCUCUGGAUUACCUGACCCCAUGAAAGGAAAAGAAUGCACUUUUUCAUGUGCUUCUGGUGAAUACCUAGAAAUGAAGAAUCAAAUGUGCAGUAAAUGUGCCGCUGGGACGUAUUCCUUGGGCAGUGGGAUCAAGUUUGAUGAAUGGGAUGACCUGCCAGCAGGAUUCUCCAACGUGGCAACUUUCAUGGACACUGCUGUUGAAUCAGCUGAGAAUAAAGCAGAGAGCUGUGACAACUCUUCGUGGACUCCUCAUGGGAAUUACAUAGAGUCCAACAGAGAUGACUGCACUGUUUCUCUAAUCUAUGCCGUACAUCUGAAGAAAUCUGGUUCUGUCUUCUUUGAAUACCAGUAUAUUGACAAUAACAUCUUCUUUGAGUUUUUUAUUCAAAAUGAUCAGUGCAAAGAGAUGGACUCCACGGCUGACAAGUGGGUGAAAUUAACGGACAACGGCGAAUGGGACUCUCAUUUUGUAGCUUUGAAACCAGGGACUAAUAUAUUAUAUUGGAGAACAACGGGGAUUCUUAUGGGUUCUAAAGUGGUGAAACCUGUUCUGGUGAAAAACAUCACAAUUGAAGGAGUUGCAUAUACAUCUGAAUGCUUUCCAUGCAAACCUGGUACAUUCAGUGAUAAGCCAGGGUCUUCCAAUUGCCAGAUGUGUCCCAGAAAUACCUACUCAGAGAAAGGAGCUAAGGAAUGUACCAACUGUAGCGAAGAAACACAUUAUGCAGAUGAAGGAUCCAGCCAAUGUACAGAGCGUCCUCCUUGUACGAACAAAGACUUUUUCCAGAUCCAUACACUGUGUGAUAAGGAAGGAAAGACUCAGAUAAUGUACAAAUGGAUAGAGCCUAAAAUCUGCAGGGAGGAUCUUCCUGAAGCGUUGAAACUGCCUCCUUCUGGAGAGAAGAAGGAUUGUCCGCCAUGCAACCCUGGGUUUUACAACAAUGGAUCAUCUUCCUGCGCUCCUUGCCCUCAGGGCAUGAUUUCGGAUGGAACAAAGGAAUGCAAGGCCUGCCCUGCUGGGACUGAACCAGCUCUCGGGCUUGAAUAUAAAUGGUGGAACGUUCUGCCAGUCAAUAUGAAGACUUCUUGUUUUAAUGUUGACAAUUCAAAGUGUGAUGGAAUGAAUGGCUGGGAGGUGGCUGGUGAUCACAUCCAGAGUGGGGCAGGAGGCUCUGACAAUGAUUAUCUUAUCCUGAACCUGCAUAUUCCAGGAUUUAAACCUCCAACAUCGGUGACAGGAGCAACCGGGUCAGAACUAGGACGAAUUAGUUUUAUUUUUGAGACCAUCUGUUCUGCAGAUUGCGUGAUGUACUUUAUGGUGGAUGUUAAUAGAAAAAACACGAAUGUAGUAGAAUCCUGGGGCAGGACGAAGGAGAAACAAUCUUACACUCACAUUAUCUCCAAAAAUGCUUCCUUCACAUUCACAUGGGCCUUCCAGAGGACAAACCGUGGCCAAGAUAGCAGGCAAUUCAUACACGACAUGGCAAAGAUCUACUCGAUAACAGUGACCAAUGUGUUGGAUGGAGUUGCCUCGUCUUGCCGGGCCUGCGCACUGGGGUCUGAACAGUCUGGGUCAUCCUGCGUACCCUGUCCUGCUGGACACUACAUUGAGAAGGAGACCAACCAAUGCAAGGAGUGCCCAGCCAACACAUAUCUGUCCAUACAUCAGGUGUACGGCAAAGAGUCUUGUAUCCCAUGUGGGCCUGGCAGUAAAAGCAACAAGGACCAUUCCACCUGCUUCAGUGACUGCACGUUCUCUUACCUCAGGGACAACCAGAGCCUGAAUUAUGACUUUAGCAACCUCAGUGGAGUGGGGUCAUUAAUGAAUGGACCCAGCUUUACAUCCAAAGGGACAAAGUUCUUUCAUUUCUUUAACAUCAGUCUGUGUGGGAAUGAGGGAAAGAAGAUGGCGAUUUGCGCAGACAAUAUAACAGAUGUCACAGUAAAGGACAUGGUAGCUGAAUCAGAAGACUCUUCAAGUUUGGUGGGAACUUUUGUAUGCCAGUCUACAAUCAUCCCAUCAGACAGUAAGGGGUUCAGAACAGCACUGGCUCUGCAGUCCAACAGCCUUGCCGAUACAUUCUUAGGAGCUACGGUUGAAACCACUCUGGGAAAUAUUAGCGUUGAAACAGAAAUGUUUCCAUCUUCCAAAAGGACAAUACUUGAUGUGAAUUUCUUUUUCAAGUCUUCUACACUUACAACCCCCUGUGAAAACGGACGUGCAACUGUUGUGGUGGUGAGGUGUAAUCCCACCAAACCAGGACAAGGCGAUAUUUCAGUCCCCAGCAAAUGCCCUGUUGGUACCUGUGAUGGAUGCACCUUUUACUUCAUGUGGGAAAGUGCAGAAGCCUGCCCUUUAUGCACAGAGCAUGACUACCAUGAGAUUGAGGGAGCUUGUAAAAAGGGAUUUCAGGAAACCUUAUAUGUCUGGAAUGAGCCAAAGCAAUGCAUGAAGGGGAUUGCCUUGCCUGAGAAACGGGUCAGCACCUGUGAAACCAUGGACUUUUGGUUAAAAGUUGGAGCAGGUGUUGGUGCAUUCACAGCUGUGCUGCUCAUAGCCUUAACCUGCUACUUCUGGAAGAAAAAUCAGAAGUUGGAGUAUAAAUAUUCCAAAUUAGUGAUGACAGCUAACUCGAAAGAGUGUGAGCUUCCAGCUGCUGACAGCUGUGCUAUAAUGGAAGGAGAAGAUAACGAAGAGGAAAUAGUAUAUUCAAAUAAACAGUCAUUGCUGGGAAAGCUGAAGUCAUUGGCAACAAAGGAAAAACAAGAUCGUUUUGAAUCUGUUCAGCUGAAAUCUUCAAGAUCACAAAAUAUAUGAGGAUUAAAUACUACCUUCAAAGAAAAAAAUCUGAUUUUUAUUUUUACAGGACCACAUUUUAAACAUAUUCCUGCAGACAGCAGAGUAAUGGUUGCAGUGAGAAAUGCUGAGCCAUUUAAGAAAAAAGAGGAUGGAAAUCAAAACAAAAGAUUGGAUUGCCUUAUUCUAUGGUCAAGUACCUUGCCAAAAACAAGAAGCAGACUGCUUGGAUUCCAAACUAGGAAUGAAACUUAACUCAGGAAGAGAUAUACAUACUGCAACUGACAUGAGUUUUGUAUUCACCUGUGCAUUGCUCAGGCAUGCUGUGUGAUUUAUUGGUACCUUUCAGUGCAUAAUCACUUUGUUCAUAUGCAUCAUAAGAACUGAUUUUCUGAGAGAUUCGAAACUUUCUGCAAAGGUUCUGUACUGUCCUUUUUGUAGCCUAACUUCAAGUCCCUCUUAAAAUCAAAAUGGGGAAUGGCACUUGAAACAGAACCAUGGAUGACUUUUGAUCCUUGGAUAAAAUAAUGCUUUUGGGGCUAAGGGCUGAAUGUCCUGCAACAGCCUUCAGUGUGGCAGGGCCAAUUUUGCACCCACGGAUCAAACCCACAUAGAUGCCAAUAUGAUGACCAUCUAGGUUGGCUUGAACAAGGCACUCCUGAAUCUGAGGCUAUAUCUAUAUCUACAGCUAAGGGUGUGAUUCCCAGCUUGUAUAGACAUUUUCAUAUCUGCUGUCAUCAAUCUAGCACGCUAAGAAUAGUAGUGUAGCCAUGGUAGCACAGGCAGCGGCCGCACGGACAAGCUGUGCCGAGUAUGUACCCACAGGGUUCAGGUGUAUUUGUACUCAGGGUGGCUAGCCCAUGGCACCGCUUGGCACUUGUUGUGCUGCUGUGGCUACACUACUGUAUUUAGUGAACUAUUUUGAGAGCUAGAGCAAGUAUGGCUACGCAAGCUGAGAGUCACACCCCCCGCUCCAAGGGUAGCCAUUCCCUAAAUGUGUGCACUGCCACUGCCUGAGUUGAAAGAUCACAUCUGUCCGUUUAGAAGCAGCAGAAGCAGCACUCAGAAAUCUUUUUACAUGGUCUAGACACUAGGGGGGACCAAAGAUCCAUAAUGUGAAUUAUGCAUUCUCCCUGCCUGGGGAAGCUUGUCCUGAGCAUUGGAGGUUGACAGCAGUUCAGUACCCGGUACAAGUUGUCAUUUGUGUGUCAGCCCUCUGGGAUGAGCAUCUGUAGGGAUUGAAUCCUGGACCCUUUGGGAGCGAGGGGAACCACAAACUUCUAGCGUCUAAGCUAACCGAGCCAAUUUGCAGUCGAGAGGCAGUAUCAGACUCUUUAGCCUGUAUGUGGUCUAAAAAGGGACAAGGACCCCCCUGCAGGUUUUAAUGUUGGUUACACUAUCAUGUAUCUUAGCAUACAAAUGGUUCUACUGUCGAUACAAGUUAUUGUAAGAUCCUUUAAAUCUGACUUUUCCACCACAUUAAAAGUAUGUAAUCUUCCUAAUAUCCAGUCUAUGAAAAACUGUAAUUUCCUGAAAUUCCAAUGCAAGUUAAACUGAAAAUAAUGUACUAAAACGUGGGUAUGAAAUCAUCGAUGAAAAUUAUGAAGGAAAGAGUUGCGUAAAGCUAGGAAGAAAUGAGGCUCCAAUCUUGUUCCUCUAAUCAGACCUAUAUCUGCGUCAGAAUAAAAUGUCUGAAUUGUGAAAUGCAUAUAAAACUUUGGAAAAGACACAGGCAAAAAUGGUGUUUUUACUGUAAAGAAUAUAUAGAUUUGGGCUUUUGUAUGACUGAGUUGCAUCAACCAGUCUGAGAAGAGUCCACUUCUAAAUUAAAUUGAAUCUAAGAUGAAAACUGAAUAUUUUAUUACACUAUGAGAUGUGAAGGAGAUUUUAUGAAGAUUAGAGCUUCUUUUUCUUGUUUAGGGAAAUUUAUUUCAAUUAUUUUAUAUAUCCAGUUGCAGAAACUGAGAUCUGUUCUUCUGUGUGAAGGUACUAUGGGCAUCUCAUCAGAGGUUGUGUACAUUUCUUUUUGUUCUUGAAACAGCGUUUCAUUUUCCAGAAAGAAGGGAUUUUUGUGAGGUAUUGAACCAUUUUUCAAUGUUUUUUAAUGUAUAUUACAUACAUUUGGGGUUUUUUUGUAUAUUUUGUACUGUUGCACAUUUAUUAUCUUACAUUGUAUUUGUCAUCAUCCUAUUGUUUACACGCAGUCAGCAAUGGUGACAUGCUCCCUUAGCAAAUGCCAACUGGGAUUUUGAGAUUUCAGUUCUUUGCUGAUCUUUUAUGAAGAGGAUUUUUUUUGGUCAUUGAAUUUUAUUCAGAUAGUGUGUUGUAGUGUCAAAGGUUUUCAGCUGGUCAGCAUUUGUACAGUGAAGUGAAAAUAUAUUUGAACUGCAAAUUUGCGAUCUUUGGAAGAACUGCAGCCUGCGCUAAAUUUGGCAGUGUUCUUUAGUGAUGGGUGGAGCUAUGGAACGUCCCACCUUGCACGGAAUUACGUCUGUCACCACUGUUUUCAUCUAUUACUCUUAUCUGCACCCGUUUCCCAAGCCACAGAGAUAUAAUUGGGAUUCAUUUCUAGGAACAUCUUUUCUUCUGCCGCUGGAGUCAUAUCCCUGACAUGUUAAAAUGCCUUAAAUUUUAAGAAACUACCUUUCAGUUUUAUUAAUACAAAGGAGGGGUUUUGUAUGUUUUGUUAUUUCCUUCCCCCCCAUGACUUUUUCAAAUUUAGAUAUAAAAUAGCAUUUUUUGUCAGCUCCUGCAGCCUUUGCUAUAUGACACUACUUAUAUGGGGUUCCAAAUGAUCUGUCACAUUAUUAUAAGAAAUUCUGGGCACCCUAAAGGUACACCUGGCUGAGCAUUAUGAGAAGCAGAAACCAACUAAGCCUAUAGAAGUGAUUUAAGGCUAGUGUAAAGGAUUGUAAUGGAAUUUUCCAGCCAUAAAUAAGUUUGUUCUGAUACCUUUUAGCUGAGUUUUGGCUGUUUCUCUUUUUCUUUCCCUAAAGAUAGACAAAAAGGCUGUUUUCCUGUUCCCGUAAAAGGCACAGUUUUGAAGUCUUGAAACACUUCAUUAAGCAAACUGUUGCCUGUGACAUCUAGUAUUCUGCCAAAAUAUACUCACAGCGACCAUCCCAUCAGCAAUGUUAUGUAUGAAUUUGUUAUUUAAGGGCAUAAUCAAAUGCAAAGCGCUCUGUUAUGUGUUCAAUUGAUUAA